AAUACAAAAUGGACAUGCUUAACACAUUAAGGGACACAUUGAGCAGUGUUCAAGCAGAGUUGAGCACAGGUGUAGAGAAACUUAGAAUGAAUGUUUCGGCGAACAUUGUUGCUCAACAAAAAGUGUCUACCGAAUCCGUCAAUGAAAUUUUGAACACAUCAGCUGGAAAUGAGUUGCUUCAAAAUUUUCAAAAUCUUAUCACCGAAGUAGAGGAAAAUGGAGCCGAAGGGGGUCGUUUAGCGAAUCUUUGUAGUACUCGAAUGGGAAGAUGCCAGCAAAUGUGUAAAGAAAAGGCCGAUGCGGUUAUGGAAAUUGAUGAGUUCCUCCGAAAUUCUGUAGAAUUUGACAAGAAGAUUCGAGAAAUCAACGCUCAAAUUUCGAAACUCACGCGUUUCUGCAACCAAACUGAACAGGCGAUGACGUAUUUGGAAGCUCUGUGCGAAGUUGCUCAUACUGAAGGAGAAGUUGAUUUAAUCCGACAACAAGCCAAAUCAGCAGCUACUAUUGUGCAAAUCGAGUGUGAAUCUCCCAGCGUUUUGACUUCUGCACUCCGUUCUCGUCCUGAAGAUGCCGUUAAGGCUCAGCAAGAAGAAGUGAUGCUCGAGGAGUUUCUUUCUUCCAAAAACAUGCAGCUUCCAUGAUUUCAUAACUUUUCCUGUGAUUCCUCAUUUCAAUUUGGUCAAACCAACAUUCUUCCCGCCCACUUUUACUUAUCUUUUCCUCAUGCAAUAGAACCAUUUCGUUCUGUACGUAACGCAUAUUAUCGCAAUAUUUGCUUUAUUUAUUGUUCUGACUGACCCAUCGCCUUAUUUUGAAGCCUUGUACUUUCCAUGUAUUUAUUGGUUUGCUUCAACAGCAAAUGCCUGAUGUUUUUCUUACUUGAAUAAAAUUUGAAAAUUU